UCGAGGAGAGAAGACCAGGGAACACUAUCAAAGCUAGGAAUAUAUAUUAGGGUUUUUUGGGGGGAAAACAGAAAUAAGUAGCCUUCCCCUAAAUUUAGAACAAAUAUAUUUAGAGCGUUAGUCCACAACAAGGAAAAGUCAUUGUAGGGAAUAAGUGUCUCCAUAAGAGGUAAAAACAUAUUCGAGAAGCAUCUGUGCUAACAGGUCAGCCACCAGCUAACAAGCUAGUUAGCCACACAGUACAACAGCGAACCCUCACCACAAGCUUUCAUUGUUAUUAUAUAUAUUUUUUCGUAUGCCACAAUUUGGAGUCGAUUUCGCCGCUCCUGAGUCCGGAAUCUCGUCGAGCUCAGCGAGCUCGACGUCUCGAGCCAAGGUGCUGCAGUUUGCAACGCAACCUGACAGUGGGCGCAAAGCAUGCUAAAGAAUGAGUCAGAGGGAUACACUGGUUCAUCUGUUUGCUGGAGGCUGCGGGGGCACAGUAGGUGCCAUUUUGACAUGUCCGUUGGAAGUGGUGAAGACGAGGCUUCAGUCAUCCUCCAUUACUCUGUACAUCUCUGAGGUGCAGCUCAGCACUGUCAACGGGGCUAGUGUGGCUCGCGUGUCUCCACCAGGGCCCCUGCACUGCCUAAAGUUAAUACUGGAGAAAGAAGGACCUCGCUCACUCUUCAGGGGGCUGGGGCCUAACCUAGUGGGAGUGGCUCCGUCCAGAGCAAUAUAUUUUGCAGCUUAUUCCACUGCUAAAGAGAAACUGAAUGCUGUGUUUGAACCAGACUCCACGCAGGUGCACAUGGUGUCUGCGGGCCUAGCAGGGUUCACUGCAAUUACAGCAACCAAUCCCAUCUGGCUAAUAAAGACUCGAUUGCAACUGGAUGCCAGGAACCGUGGCGAGAGGCGCAUGAGUGCGUUUGAGUGUGUCCGGCGGGUCUAUAAGGCUGACGGACUGCGGGGAUUCUACAGGGGCAUGUCAGCUUCCUAUGCCGGCAUUUCAGAGACAGUCAUCCAUUUUGUCAUUUACGAGAGCAUCAAACGAAAGCUCCUGGAAUCUAAGACUAAUGCUAACAUGGACGAUGAGGAGGAGUCAGUGAAAGACGCUUCAGACUUUGUGGGAAUGAUGCUGGCCGCUGCGACAUCCAAAACAUGUGCCACCUCAAUCGCUUACCCCCACGAGGUAAUCCGCACCAGGCUUCGAGAGGAGGGAAGCAAGUACCGCUCUUUCUUCCAGACUUUUAACAUGGUUUUCAGAGAGGAGGGCUACCGGGCUCUGUACCGCGGUCUUACCACCCACCUGGUCCGACAGAUCCCAAACACUGCCAUUAUGAUGUGCACAUAUGAGCUGGUAGUCUACCUGCUCAGUGGUUAACCUAUGGAGUAAGAGGAGGUAGAGGAGAGAAUGAAUAAGAAAGGUAGAUACAGGUGGAAAAAGAGAGAAAGAUUGUUUCAUUUGGAGACCAAAGGAAGCAGAACCAACCACAAGUCCCCACGUGUCCCACCCCACCCACCCCCCGGGCCUCUAGAGGGCGCUGCAGGCCAGAACACAUUGAUAAAUGAGGGAAUGAGGUAGGGAACUGAUCUGUUCUGAUAACAGAGCCAGUCAAACAGGAAGAGGUUUGAAACAAAAGAGAAUGAGAGGAAACAGCUGCAAGUGAGAAGUUUAGAGUGUCCGUGUGUCUCUCCUCAGUUCUGUAGUCAUGAAGAAGACCCUCUAGAGAGGACAAUCACAGAGGGGAAUGCUUGAAAAACACGUUAAGAUCACGUCUCACUACCUAAAUGGACCGAAACACACAAACAGACACACUGGUUACUGUAAUUGACAAGCAGGAGCGUUCACAUUUAUGGCCGGUACAUUUACCUCCUCCUGUUUAUCACACCUAACUUGAGCCAUUCCCUUUCAUUCAAUAUUGUGCCCAUUUUGCAGGUGGUGGUGAUACUUAUGGAGGAUUUCUUUAUGCAGAAAGCACAUUUAUUGAACCGUGAAGGCUUUUUUCAAAGCCCCCCACCCCACCGUCCCCCACAGACUGUGCUCCAAAAGUGGCCAUGUUUAUACAAAUGGCAAAAAAAAAGCACUGCUGUAUGUCUCUGAAUGUCAGACAUUCACAAGCAAUGGUCAUGUAAUGCACCACUGAACAAAUGUGUCUCUUACGCACACGGAUUUUAAUUACAGUGGUUCUCGAUUUAAGCAUUCCCCUCUAAAAAAAAAAAAAAAGGCAGAAUUCCCUCUUAAAUCCCAAACAGAGGCAAACAGAGCUUCACGCACAAGAAUCCAUUUGCUUUAAUUGAUUCACGGUCAUUUGAACUGUGGUCCAUCACAUGCUUCAAACUGAAGUGUUUUUGUUUUCUUUCUUUCUUUCUUUUUUUUUUACUUCAAUUUUGUUCUUCAAAGUUGUCUAUCAUUUCAGUAUUUUUUUUUUUUUUUAUCAUUCUACUGCUGUUGUGAUGUCAGUCUGGUUUAGCCUAUAGUAACAUUGGGAUGGAGCGAGAGAGAGAGAGAGUUCUUUCUCUGACUCUCAUGUCUCUUAGUCUGGGACUGGUGUCUGCUUAAUGGAGACACACUUCACAGGAAGUCCACAGGCAAAAAGCCACUACUUGAAACGAAUAUUCAGUGUUGCAGUCAUGAAGAAAUUACAAAAGAAAAAAAAAAAAACCCUUGCGUCUCCAUGACAAGACAUCUGAAAGCAUGUCGUCAUGGUGAUACUGCACUGUACAUACAGCGGAGAGGUGGAAUGUUCUCCUGUCCUCCUUGCUAAAUAUUCCCAGUGGGAAGUAAGGCUACAGUUCCAUACUCCAGCUUAAUUCCUAACAGUGGCUUCUGACUGACUAUCGAUGCACUUUUUUUUUUGCCUUUUUGAGGUUUGUGCUAGACUUUCUGUUGUUUUUGGAGUAUUUGUAUUUUGUAUAAUGAGAAAGCAUAGUAUUACUGUAUAUGCAAGACAAGAGUUUUGCUAAACAGUUCUUAUUGAUGCUAUCGUACAGUUCAGUGUACUUAACUUCUAGUGAAGGAUAUUCCUGUAUGUGUGUAAAUAUAUAAUGUGUGCAUAUCAACUAUUCAGUGUUCUUAUAAGAUAGGCUCUAUGAUUAUGCAGUAGUUUGCAGUCACAGAUGUUGCAGUCAGAUGACCGCAAAACAAAUGCAUUUGUUUCAUGUAACAGUUAUUUGAUUCUGUUGACAUGCAAAUUUUAUGGGGUUUUUUUGUUUUUGUUUUUUUUUUUUUAAACCAUAUGCUGGCCUUGGACUCCAUUGAUGCUUGGAGUGUUCAGUUUGAUGUUCUUUGUUUUUAUUAGAUCUGUGAAAGGUCAGUGUUCUCAUCUCAAAUAUUUGUUUACACAUUUCUCUGUGGUCCUUGUGAAAAUAUACCGCGAUGUCACCAAGUGUAGAUGAAACCACAGGAGUCUCCAGCUUAGAUUUUAGUGAAUGUGCAGACAGGUUUACUCACACGGUUCAUCAUAUUUGUCCUACUCAGUCGGGCAACAUAGAAUCAUCAGAAUCUCGUCAGCAGCCCCCCCC